AAGAUCAAACGUGCGGGCGAACCAUCGUCGUGUCUCGCCUGCGACUGCGUCGCCACGGCUGAAUGGCGCAGCGGACCCACGGGUCCGAGGACUUUUUGCAAUGCAUGCGGGCUGCAGUAUGCAAAGAGAGCGAGAUGCGAGAAGCCAAGUGCUCGGUCAUCG